GUCCCCAUUGAAAGCAGUUACAAAAUUCCCAGGAUCAGGAAAUUAAUUUAGAUGCUUUGGAGGGGAUUGACAGAGUCUCAGGAAGUUUAAGGGAAAGCUUGGUGACCCAGGUACACCCAGCUGGGGGGAACAGGGGAAAAAGCCACUAAUGGCUGUCUUUUGGUAUGAGACCCCCAGCAUGAAGGCAUAAUUAGGGACCAAGUAAUGGUUUGAUAGACUUAUACAAACAUCUCAGGCAUGGGUGGCAUCUAGCCACCGAGGCGAAGGGCACCUGAGUGGAGGAUCGCACUGGGGGACACUUCCUAAAGCAGCAAAACUGUGGAGACAAAAGCACAGGGAGAGAAAGGGUACCCCAGCCCCACCCUGAGUGGGAAUGAGUGAGCUCCUGACAAGCAGCAGCUUGGUUGGGAACAUGAGUUACGGCAGCCAAACCCCCUCACGUACAAAAGCAACCCCAGGGAGCAUGAGUGACCAGGAGCGUGGCGACCAGGGCAGGCAAACAGGGUGUGUGGGGCUUCAGAAGGGUGUGACGUGGCAGUUCACCUAGGCAGGGCCUAUGGGCAGGGCAUGUAGGCAGGGUGCAGUCCCCUUCCUGGCUUUAAAGGGUAACUCCACUAGUGGUCACUGCACCCUCAGGAGAGGACCUUGCUGCAGUUUCCACUCACCCCGUGCAAUGCUACAGGCUUGGGGGAGAGUGGCUGGAAAGCUGCGCCAGCGGAGAAGGACCAGGGGGUGUUGGUUGACAGCUGGCUGAACAUGAGCCAGCAGUGUGCCCAGGUAGCCAAGAAGGCCAACAGCAUCCUGGCUUGUAUCAGGAAGAGUGUGGCCAGCAGGAGCAGGGAGGUGAUCAUGCCCUUGUACUUAUCACGGGUGAGGCCGCACCUCGAGUACUGUGUUCAGUUUUGGGCCCCUCAGUACAAGAAGGCCAUUGAGUUGCUGGAGUGUGUCCAGAGAAGGGCAACGAAUCUGGUGAAGGGUCUGGAGAACUAGUCUGAUGAGGAGCAGCUGAGGGAAUUGGGGUUGUUUGGUCUGGAGAAGGAUGCUGAGGGGAGACCUUAUUGCUCUCUACCUGAAAGGAGGUUGUAGUGAGGUGGGUGUUGGUCUCUAACUAGUGAUAGGUUGAGAGGGAAUGGCCUCAAGUUGCAUGAGGGGAGGUUUAGAUUAGAUAUUAUGAAAAAUUUAAUUACUGAAAGAGUGGUCAGGCAUAGGAACAGGCUGCCCAGAGAGGUGGUGGAGUCACCAUCCCUGGGGGUGUUCCAAAAAUGUGUAGAUGUGGCACUUCAGGGCAUGUUUUAGGAAGCAUGGUGGUGUUGGGUUGAUGGUUGGCCUUGACUAUCUUAGAGGUCUUUUCCAACCUUAAUGAUUCUAUGAUUCUAUGUUUGCUGCAUGCUUAUGAUGGAUCUGGCAGACCUGCAUCAGCCCCUGGAAGUGGCCACUUCUGGAGGCCUCUGAAUCUGAUAGGAAAAUGGGAAGCCCCAGGGUCUAAAUACACUAUCAAAGGGAUAGUACAGAGAGGAGGGAGAGAUUUCCCACCCCCUCUAAUUGUUGAUAACAUGCCAAGACAGGAUGCAUUUGAAGCUGAAGUCCAAGGGAAGUUACAAGAUGGCCAUACUGUGCUGCUCCUUCUGGUUGGAGGAAAAACACUGUAUAUAGAAGAAAGGACAGACAUCCAUCAAGCAUCCAAUUAUCACUUUGGGUUUUCAGUUUUUUUCAUUAAAAAGGCCAUUUUCACCCCUCUCUCCAGAAAGGGAAACCAGGAAAAUAGUUUGCUAAAAAAGAAAUCAAGUCAAAAGGUCUUGCAUUUUAUUUCUCCUUUCUUCAGUCUCUUUCCUUCCCAUUUCUCCUGUUCCCUCCCCUUCAGAUUUCCUUCCCUUCUUCCUUUGACAGUGGCAAAUGGAAAAAAAAAAAGCAGAAUGAAUUGAUAGUUGAAAACUUGUGCUGGGCAAAAUUUGAAGAAGGAAAGAUAAACCAAGGCAAACAAGUUGUUGAGAGUUAUUUGCUUGCCACAUUCCCCCCACUGCUCAUCCACCCUCCCAGCCAGAGAGGUUGCAUCCAUCCCUGUGUGCACCAAACAAGCCCCUUCCCACGCCCUUCUGGUAAGUUUCUUUCUCCCCAAAGAGAAAUGUGUCUUUCUUGAGCCUUUUCCCUUGGAUCCUCAUCUGAAUGAAGGUGAUUCCUGGUCUGGCUGGACUGCUGCACUUGAUCAGGUAGGGAGACACUGUGUUGUCCCUCACAGACACCUGGGGCUGCAACGGGCUGGGGAGCCCUUUCCAUCCCAGCCCUGGACAAGCAUCCAUGCUCUGGAGGACUCAUAGCAAUUCUUGCACUUCUACCUUUGUCCAGCAUGAAGUAACAUAUGUUUCUUCUCAUCAUCAGGGUAUCUUCAAUUUUCAUGACUCCAACCCUCUACAUAGUUUUCUUGUAGGGAGUAUUGCAGUGGCAUUUAAUCUUGGUUAGAGUUCAGCUCCCAAACCUUCUUCUGCCCCAGGCGCCCAUGGUAGCCCUCAGGCAAAGGACAGUGAUCUGCUAUAGCUCUCAAUGAGCUGGACAUGCAGCUGUGCCCUCCUGCCAGCCCUUAUCUUAGUUUUUUGAGUGGAGAGAAGCUAUGCCCACAAUAGCCCUAAUACAGGGGUUAGUUACCAAGCAUCGGUGCCACAGCUCUGUCUUGAGCAAAGCUCUUGGUUUUUCCUUGAUCCUGUGCAUGUAUUGCACCUUUCCCAGGGCCAGGAGAGGACAAAGGGCAAUAGGGACUGAGCUGGAGGAAAUGGGGUAUUUUUGUUUGUGAAAACCCUUAGAAGAGCAGGGGAGACUGGUUUCUCAGAUAUUUGGUCAUGUUUGCAUUGUGUGAGUUAUGGGUGCUCUGCAGCAACUGUGUGGUUUCUGCUUUCAUCUGGGGACUUCCCUGAGCUUUUGCUUCCCUGGUGUGUGGGAGGAGGGGUUUGGUGAGGUGCUUUGCCUGUCUUGAAAGGAAGUGGACCUUGUCCAGGUAGAAAUAAGAGGCAGUAGGCAAGUGAUUUGGGUGCACAGCAAAUAAGACCUAGGAAAGAGGCAGUCUGCAGUCAUGAGGGUAUAGAGAGCAUCAGGUCGUUUUGCUGUUCUUUGCUUUAUUAUGUUACAUGAGCUUAUGUAUGGUAACCUCUUACUAAUUAGUUAAGUCAGGUUUGAACAGGGGAAGAGGAGAGUUAUGUGCAUCAAAGAAGAAGAUAAAAUAGUAUAAGACUGCAAAAAGUAAGGAUUAAAAUUUAAGACCUGAGAGACUGAGAUGUGUAUAUGCUGAUAUCCAGUUCCCUUUGCGGGGCUGCAGGGAAGGGCUGGGGCAUUGAAGUCAAAGACUUUAUUCCUGAAUCUCUUGCUAGGACCAAAGGAAGAGAAGAAAUGUGUCUAACAGCUUUUGGGGGGUGGUGGGGAGUUUGUUUUGCUUUGUUUUUUAUUUAAACCCAGAAUAAGCCCUGCCCCCUCAACUGCUCUUGGAGCAUGAUUCUGGCUCUGAUUUGAAUCCCUGACCCACGACAGUCUCUGCGAAAGAGGACAUGUAUUUUUGGAGCUGUCUGUUCUGGUUUGUCAAGCCUGUGCUAGGAAAGCUAUGUGGAAAGGAAAGGGAUUCCCGGGAAGAAAUUUUUUCAAUGGCUGUGCAAAGCCAGUCGUGGGCAACUCCAUCCUGUCUUGCUUUUGGUGACAUGCCAAGACCAUGCUGUGAAACAGUCCCUUGAUUUUUUUCUCUGCUUUUGUUUUUUACAGGCUGUAGAGUAGUUUCCUGCCCAGCCUGGGUAACAGCCAGGAUGGGGAACUUUACCCCUCUAGCUGUCUAGGAUGGCUCCUCUGGACAGGAGGCAUGCUCAUGCUCAUUUGUUAUUUGUCAGUGGCCACUAGACUUUUCCAAAAUAUGCUUUAUGGAGUGUGAGGCUUUUAUUGUGCCAUGGUGUAGAUAGCAGUCUCUGGAGAAGGACGAAUGAUUACAGGCAGUCUGUUGCCUUUCCUGACCUCUUAUUUCAACAGGAGAUUAAAUGAGCUGCUUUUUCUCAUGGAGGAAUAAACACACCCCCCAAACAAAAAAGCAACAUGUCACUUUCCCAUAUCCUGGAGAAGGGCCAUCACCACGUUGUGCAACAUGAACCUCCCUCCCCACACACUAGCUUUGAAGUGGGGAUGACCUGAAAGGUGGAGCCUAGUGUUUCUUGACCAAGCUCUCCAGGGCUAGAGGGCUUUGUGCUGGGAUGCUGCAAGCAGCACACAGGUGGGCCCAGGAGCUGCCGAAGAGAAUUCCCACCAGUGGCAAGGCACAGUGGUGUAAAUCAGAAACCCUGGGUUAGCCUCUUCAGAAUGGUGGGAGGCAUCCUGGCAAUUGGAACAGGCUGGGCUUAAUCUCAUAACUUUGGGGAAGACAUGUCCAGUCAGCGUUAGUCUUCUGUAUUAUGCUUUUGGAUGAGGUAUUAAUUCCCCAGACAAGCCUGGGAACUGUGGCUCCCAUUGGCACUGGUAUGAUGUGUACAUCAGUCAUGUAACAGGGAGACAGUGGUGUAGUCCUCUCUCCCAUGCCCCAUGCAGUCCUGUCCCAUGGUUUUCUGUCCCAUCACCAACACCGGGAUCUCCCAUUCCUGGCUGCUUUUGUAGGGCUCAGCUCUACACCUGCUGCUUAGCUAAAGCGUCAGCUACCGGCUAAGUAAAACUGGAGCCCAGGGGCAGCCUCCAGUUGUCCUGUCCCAUAAACCUCCUUGUCCAGGAGCCCAAGUGCCAGAGCGUGUCUCUAUGUGGGCAAGUGGCACGGUCAGGCACGGUCAGUGUUUUUUUCAGAGCCUGUGGGUGGAACAUAUUUGAAUGCUUUGAGAACAUCUUUAUUUUACUGUGACAAGUUGGGAAAUGCCAGGAAUUUAUUUUCUUCCCUUUAUUUUUUUUUAAUGGGUUACCUGCCCUAGCCAGCACUUAAAAGAUCCAGAUUUUAAAAGUUAUUUUGUGCCUAAAAUUUUACAUAAUGUAAUUUUCAGUAUGACCCCCAUCCUAGCCUCUGUUGCAGUUCAAGACAGGCGUGGCAUUUCCCUUGCAUUUGGGGGUGGUUGAGCUGAGUCCCACUUUCCUAAUUCCCUGGUCUCCAGGCAGUUGGAGUUCAGCUUUGUUAGGGCAGGAGGGUGAUGACCGGUGUGGUUACUUCUGGGGGUGGUGUGUCUCUCCAAGCAGUUGUCACAGCCUGCGGUCAGGAGAGGCAGCAGCAAAACCUUUGCUGUUUGGUCGUCGGGCUCCCGCAAGGCUUCAUGUGAAGAGGAGAAAGGCAAAGGAAGAACAGUCCCUUUCAGAAAGUUAGAAAUACUGAUCUGAGAUGUUUCACGUCUCCAUGUGUGCGUGUGUGUCAGGACAUCUGGAGGGAAGCAUUACCCUUUGGUAUGUUUUCUGUCUUAAUCACACCACUGAUGUCCAUGUUGUGACAGAGACCAGUGAGUAAAUACUCUGCUGCUGGUGUUUUAGUCUGUGAGCCUCCAGACCUUGACUAUAAGUAGAGGUAAUUUGUAGUCUUGGUAAAACUUUCCAAAAUUUCUUCCUUCUCUGGAAGGAAGGGAAGGGUGUUUUACUGACUCUGGCAGAAGUGUCAGCAGCACCUUCUGGUUGUUCUGGCCAGAGUCCCUUGGAUGGGCUGACGUAUGGCACAUUGAACGACAGCAAAGCAAUUUCCCACCAUCCGAUGCUAUUGAUAGACAACAAUUCCCUGGGGGGUGAAAUGCGAUUGCUGCAAACAAAGGCUUGUUCUGGUUGUGUGAAUCACAUGGGCAAGCAGCAGCAAGGCUGCAGGCUGGAGAUGUUUUCCCUCACAGUGCAGGCACUGUCCCUUCCUACAUGGUGAUAAAUGAGAUUGCAUCUGCAUGGCACUUCACAGAGGAGCCAGCUUUUGGUCUUCCUCCUCCUCUUGUCUCCAAGACCCAUGUACUUCUUAUGAUGGAGCACCUGUGGUGGGCAGUGGUUAUACUGCCUCUGUUGUUAACUUGCCCUGGCUUGCAUCUUGUACCCAAAUAUGUCCUCUUUUUUUCCUCCACACCUAUCCCAUUUUUCUCCACACCCCUGUGCUUUUGAGGUCAAUCACUGCCGCACAACAAGGCUUCUUCUCUCUGUAGGAGAGCAUUGCCAUACAGUUGUGCUGGGAAGUGGCAUAAGCUCUCUCAGUAUAACUGUACUUACGCUGAUUUAAAGCAUCUGCCUCAGAGCUUUUAUCAGCAUAAGCCUCUUAAUAAAGAGGCAAAAAGUCAUACGCUCUCCUGGCAGAGCUAUACCAAUGAUGUAACUAGGCCUAAGGGCACAUUUACUUUAAAGUUAGGUUGGUUUAACACAGUAUGUGAUUUCAGUUAAAUCUUCCCAAGUAUGUGAGGACACUUCUAUUUAUGUUCCAUUCACACUACCUUUAAUUUAUAUUAAGUUCAUCAGGAUCAAGUUUGAGCUAAGUUGAGCACAGUGUUACUUUUCACACUGCUUUGGAUGGAUUAGAAGCAAUAGAGCUGAAUCAUCACAGUCCCCGGCUAGAGCAGUUUCACUCAUAGAAAGAUGCUCAGGAUUUUAACUACAUUUAUCAAAACCACCUGCAGAGACAAGCACACUUUUAUCAACGUGACUAUGUCCACCUGUCACCCAAAUGGUCUCUAAACUGGAAUAAUCACGUUUGCAAAGUGUGCUGCUCUAGUUUAAUUUAGCCUAACUGAUUUUGAUUUAGAUGGGCAACACUGAUUGCUUAUGUGUAGACAAGACUUGAGAGGUCCCCGCAGUGGGUAGGUACUGCAACCCUGCUGUAACGCAAGUACUUCUCCCUGCAGAAAUCCUAUGGCUGGUGUCCAUGAUAGCUCUCACUCCUGGUUCCUGGGGCCUCGUGCCCCUUGUUGGUGUGAUGGCCAGGAGGUGCACAUCACAGGGACGUUGGACACCCAGUUUCACUCAGACACCCCUGCGGCAUGGCAGAUAGCCAGGAAGACAGGGGCAAGGGGAGGCUCUGCUGUGCUCAGCGUCUGCUCCCAAGUCCCACCAUGGACACCAGUGGUACAUGGCCUCCUGGGCCCUCUGGGGUCCCCUAGGAACACCAAUGUCCCUGUGUCACCUGGACACCAGGCAUGCUUUCACUCUGAUUAUUCGGAGCAUCUCUGGAGAAAGCCAAAAGCCCACAGGCAGGUGGUGUACCCUUGCCAGUGCUUAGAGACUAAGCUUGAGAGCUUUCUGGCAACCCCUGGGAGACAGGUGCUGGGAAUUAAACCUUGCACUUUGGAAGGGCAACUCAGGUCUGGCUUUACCCAGCAGGAAACUGAAUCUGUGUUGCAGUGAGGUGCUGUAGCUAUCAGCACGAUCAGACGAAUGGGCUGGGCUAUCCACAAGUAUGGACCAUCCUCAAGCACCACCGCCAUCUUUGCUGCAGCUGGGGAAGGAGAUGUUGUGACGGUGCAGAGGCCUGACCUUUCACUGUGCUUUAGCUGUUAACAAAAGCCAUAGGCAUGCUACCUGAUGUGAAGCAGUGGGUUUCUCUCCUCUCAAAAACUUCCAUAUAUACAGUACUAUUUAUUUCAAUCAAAUGGAAAAACUGGUUGCACACUCUACCCAAACAAACUGGAGGUGGAGUCUCUUCAUUGAAAGAAAGAGUAAGGAAAAUGCCAUUGCGAUCUCUUUGAAUGCAUGGAUUUUAUUUAGUGACCUUUUGUUUCUCUCCUGCCUAAUACCCACCCUCUUCCCACAACACAUCUCCAGACUUGUCAGAGACUGAAAUUCUUCAUUUUGUGCUGGAGGAGUCUUGGUCCUUCAGGUCUCACUUGCUGACCAAAAGCUCAGUGCUGAUAAAUCUUUAGCAGAAGAAGCUUUUCUCCCAGGUGCUUCUCAACCACAUGAGUUAAGGUGAAGUGCACAGGACAAACAACAGAAAAAACACUGAGCUUAACAGAACUUGGCUCUUUCACAGCUGAUGAAGUCUUACUGCCAGUAUGUCCAGUGACGUUAUCUCACUAGUUCUCCCUGCCUCCAGAGUAUUCCAGGAGAAAAAAAAUGAAUAGGCAAGCCCUGAACAAAAGUGCUCCAACCCAAUCCAUUUUUCUUUUGCAGGUCACCUUUAAUCUCCUCCAGGGUGGAAAUUCCUUUUCUUUCCUCUUACUUAUUUUCAGAUUUGUUCUUACUAUAUUUCUUUUACCGUUUUGUUCCUCCACCAUGUUCUGCUUUGUUUGUGCUGCUGGCAACCGAAGUGAUUUAAAAAUGCCCAGUUGUUUGAAACAAGUGAUCUCCGGAUGAAAUUGCUCCCAAGGGCUCCUAGCAGCUGCAGGGGCAAGUGGCAUAAAUGUAGAUUUAAGAUCAGUGGGUGAAGGCAACUGUAAACAAAAGUACUAGCUGUGGAAAGUAUUGGACAGGUUUCUGGGAGAAGGAUAUUUCAAAGAAGCUGUGUGCCCCAGAAGCAUGGCUGGCAGCCUGUGGGGGAAGACCUCUCCCUGUGCUGUAGGGCUGGCUCAUGUUACGUUGACUGGGAGCAAUUGCACAAGGUGCCCAAGAUAGGGAGGGGCCCAGGUUUGGGCAGCUUUCCUGGCAAGAAGAGGCCAGCAAGGCUGGCAGGUGAUUAUGUUACUGGGUAUUAGCAGCCCAGCCAUUGGUGAUGAAGCAAUCCUAGACCCCCAUCAGGGGAGUUCUCAACAGGCCACCUGGGUUGGCAGUCCUGUAUAGCGCCUGUGGGUGGAAGCUGGGAGGACUGGGCACAGGAAUUGUUCCGCCUUACCUACCAUGGUUUUACACAUUUUCCCUGUCUAUACCCUACUGACCACCGUUUGGGGAGGAUGGCUUGGGUGGCAGGAGUCAGACCAGACCUGAGCUCUGAGCCUGCUCAGGGAGGAAGGAGGCAAGCCAGACUGGCCCCCACCACAGAUUGGCAGGAUCACUGAGGCUGUGGAGGAGAACGCCAUGCCUUAGACUGGGUUCAAAAAAGCAAUGCCUGGCUGACCUGCUGUGCUGGCUGGCUUUGCUUCCCUUUGGAGGUGGUAGACUUGGUGGGCUUAGUCAAAGCCAGGCAGCCUCACAGCUAGUAGCAGCUCUUCUCAGUGAGUGCAGCCCUAUUCCUCUUUGCAAAUUAUCCUUGAGUGAUUAUAAUUCUGCUUAUUUUACAAUGAUUGUGCUAAUGAUUUUUGCAAAUGAAUUUUAAACCAAGAGAUGGCUAGCCUGAUUAUUUGGCAGCUUUUACUGCUGUCAUCGCAUCCAAUAGCUGUUAUUCAAAAAACACUCUUUGCACUUGUGUUUACUCACCCAGAUUAUAUGGUGGGGUUGGGCUCUUUUGCUGGAUAUUUCCCAAGCCACCAAAAGCUUUGGACGUGGCAGCCCAAAUGCUUCAAAUGCAAAUACUCAAGCCAGCAAGUAUUUGACUAUCUGCCAAGCUCCUGUUUUCCGGGAACACACUCGUGAAUCAAAAUUUAGUCUCAUGAAUGUUUAUGGACAACAACCAAGAGAACAGCUCCAAAUCCCACCCUUCCAAACAAAUUCCGCUUCUCUCCUAACAUGUGUUCCUAAAUUCAUGUGGGCUUACCAGUUUGUGUCUAGUGCUAGCCAAAUAUGAAAUAUCCAUGUACACUCUUCUUUUCUUGGUCCCACUUUCCUUUCUUCUGGGGAAGGAAGGCAUUGCUCAAACUGAUGCUGAGAGACAUUCUUGCUCCUCAGUGCCUUCUCUGCUCACUGCCUGCUUCUGCCUCUAACUCACACAACAAAUGUUACACAGAAAACAAUUGUUGCUUUCAAAUUCAGUUUUUAUCCCUUCAGUGGAAAUGGCUGCUUUCUGGCCUGUUUUCUCUCCAGACCAGCAGUGCAUGAGGUGGGGAGAUGAUUUGCCACGCUUCCAAUGAAAAGAGUGAAUGUCUGUGCCUAUAGCAACUGGUGUUUCUAGUUGACCUGCUGUGGUUCUCAGGUGUUCCUCAUCCAGGACUCUGUGGGGAGCUGUGAAAACACAUUUAACAGAGUGGUUCCCUUAGGCCUGAGAUCUGCACCUGCCCUGAAAGUAAACUGCUACUGUCUCUCUCUGUCUUUUUACUUUAGGAGAUGUCACAUCAGCAAUGGGGCUUGAGGAGGGAUUGAAGACCAAGCGGGAACAGUGAUGGACAGGCUAAUGCCAGGCAUGGUGUGCUCAGAAAAGGGAGCUUUGCCCAGCACUUCGCAUCUCAUCCGUACUCAGUCAGGGUGGAGGCUUCCCCUCCUGCUCCUCCAGCCCCUGAGCAAGAGCGACUGUACGUCUGAGUCACGAUGGGCAAGAUGGACAACACCUCCGUGGAGCUCAGCUCUCCCACUGAGGUGAAGCAGGCAGCCCUGGAGGAGCCAGAGCCCACCACCCCUGAGGCUGUGAACACCAAGAAGAAGGAGGAGAUCCCAGACAGAGGCUCCUGGAAGGGGAGAUUUGACUUCUUGCUGUCCUGUGUGGGCUAUGCUAUUGGUCUGGGCAAUGUCUGGCGCUUCCCGUAUCUCUGUGGCAAGAACGGAGGAGGGGCCUUCCUCAUCCCUUAUUUCCUGACGCUGGUGUUUGCUGGAAUUCCUCUCUUCCUGCUGGAAACCGCUCUGGGCCAGUAUACCUCUGUUGGUGGACUGGGAGUCUGGAAAUUAGCACCCAUGUUUAAAGGAGUGGGGCUGGCAGCUGUGGUUCUCUCCUUCUGGCUGAAUAUCUACUACAUUGUCAUCAUCGCCUGGGCUCUCUACUAUCUCUUCAACUCCUUCACUGCGGACCUGCCAUGGCAGAACUGUGGGAAUGCCUGGAACACCGACCGCUGCUUCUCCAACUACUCCCUGGCUGACACCACCAACCUCACCAGUGCUGUCACCGAGUUCUGGGAGAGGAACAUGCACCAGAUGUCCGGGGGCCUGGGGGAGCCCGGCACCGUUCGCUGGCCCCUGGCUGGCACGCUGGCCCUGGCCUGGCUGCUCGUCUACUUCUCCAUCUGGAAGGGCGUGGAGUGGACAGGCAAGGUGGUGUAUUUCUCGGCCACCUACCCCUACUUCAUGCUCUUCAUCCUCUUCUUCCGGGGAGUCACACUGCCAGGAGCCAAGGAAGGGAUCCUCUUCUACCUCACACCUGACUUCAGAAGGCUCUCUGACUCUGAGGUCUGGAUGGAUGCAGCCACGCAGAUCUUCUUCUCAUACGGCCUGGGGCUGGGGUCCCUGAUUGCACUGGGGAGCUACAACACUUUCCACAACAAUGUCUACAGAGACUCCAUUAUUGUCUGCUGUAUAAACUCCACCACAAGCAUAUUUGCUGGAUUUGUUAUUUUCUCUAUUGUUGGCUUCAUGUCGCACAUCACGAAGAAGUCGAUCUCAGAGCUGGCCUCCUCAGGCCCUGGACUGGCUUUCCUUGCCUACCCACAGGUUGUCACACAGCUGCCCCUGUCCCCACUCUGGUCGAUCCUCUUCUUCUCCAUGCUGAUGAUGUUGGGUCUGGAUAGUCAGUUCUGCACCGUGGAAGGGUUUAUUACAGCCCUGAUGGAUGAGUAUCCUCAUCUCCUGAGAGCCAGGAAGAAGGUCUUCAUCGCAGUGGUCUGUUUCAUCUCUUAUCUCAUUGGGUUCUCCAACAUCACCCAGGGUGGCAUUUAUGUCUUCAAGCUGUUUGAUUACUACUCAGCCAGUGGCAUGUGUCUUCUAUUUCUUGUCUUCUUUGAGACCAUCUCAAUUUCUUGGUGUUAUGGUGUGAACAGGUUUUACAGCAACAUCGAAGAAAUGAUUGGCUACAAACCUUGCAUCUGGUGGAAGAUCUGCUGGGCCUUCUUCACACCUUUUGUCUGCCUGGGUGUAUUCUUCUUCAGUGUGGUGGAAAUGACCCCUCUGACACUGGGAAAAUAUGUCUAUCCCUCGUGGGGACAGGGCAUUGGUUGGCUUAUGGCUCUGUCCUCCAUGGUACUGAUUCCAGGAUACAUGCUGUUCUGUUUCUUCACCUCAACGGGGACCCUCCAGCAGCGCUUGCAGCAGAUGACACAGCCCAAGCCAGUGGCACACACUCAGAACAAUGGCCUCCAGCCGAAGACGUCCUUGAACGGGAGGGUCUCAGAUGCUGCCGUCUAGGAGGAGACCCCAGACCUCCUUGCCCUGCCCCGUAACUGCUCAUGCCAUGUUGUCCCUCAAGCUCCUCCGGCACAGCCUGCUGUCCCUGGCUCCGUGGUGGCUUUCGCUUGUCAAAGAGAGGACCUGGUGGAGGAACCCUCUCCCGUCUCUUCCUCCUGGCCCGGCUUACCAAGGCCCUGCACAAGCUGGCACCAGGGCAUUGUGUGGUGACCAUCUUCAUCCUGCAACAUCCUGGUCCAGGCUCUCAGGAAGAAGCAGCCAGUGCCCAGGUCUUCCUCCUUCUGACAAGAGGUGAUGUUUCCAGAGAGCUUAGACUGAUCGCUGACCACUUCGCUGUUCUUCUUCUUGUCUUGCCAUGUGAAUCUCCUCAGAGCAUCCCAUAGCACACAGCUGUGCUGUCACCCCAGAGAGCCAGCUGACACCAGGUUCAAUUCUAGAUGGUUGUUGACUGAUCUAGCAUAAACCAACACUAGCAAAUGCAUAACCGGAAGGGAAGUGGCAGAAUGAGGGAUUCCAGUGAGGAGUCCAGCAUGCUGCUAGCUGUAUGAUAUUCCCAAAACUGGAAAAGGGCACCAGGACAGUGUGUGCUUCUCACAGGUGCCGUGUUUCAGCCCUGCACAGUCUCCAGCCAUUAUCUCCGCCAUCCAUUGGGGCUGGCACUGUGAGCCACAGCCUAGCAGAGUAGGCAGCCUUUUUCUUCUGGAGCAUCCUGCCCUCUGCAGCUGUGUGCAGUAGCCACUCCCUGACCCUAAAAUGCAGUUAAGAGGGUAAGUGGAGGACUCUUUGCUGGAGGCUGUCCCAGUCUCCUACACUGACCAUGCUCUGCUGCAAUCAGCUUUGUGCGGCGGCAAGAGGUCUGCUGUAUAAUGGGGAGGCUUUCCAGCAUAAUGCAAAUCUCCCCGCAAGGUCAAACAGGGCAGUUCCUGUCAAAUAUCCUCCCUGGCUGCUUCCCCGUGUGGGAAGCAGUAACAUGUAGCAUAGUGCCCAUGGGUGGUUUAGCUUAUACAUUUUUCAGGAAGUGGCAACACCUAAAUCCCAGACAGUGGAAGGCAGAAGCUCCUGAGGGAGCUGGCAGGACAUAGCCACCCCCGUGAACCAGUGCUAACUUCCCUUGGGAAGUGUCUGUACAGCCAGCUGCUGGCACUGGGACAUCCCAACUCCCAGCACACACAGCAUGGGGGACUGUGAGCUGUUGUAAAUUAUGCUGGAGGAGUGUUUAACACCUUGGAGAAAGAAGGGAAGUGCUUAGAGCAGUCCUAAAGUAGCAGCAUAUGUCUGGUUUAUAAAGCCUUGAGAAAGGAGGUGGCUCACAGCAUCAUGUGCAGGUGUGACAGUGAUGGUCCCGUUUGUGACAGCCUCCCAGUGACUCCACGUAGAGAUACCCAUGUACUCAGAGCAUUUAAUGAGCACCCAUCGUACGUGUGCACACACAUUGUGGCUCAGUGUAAAUUAGUCUCUCCCCUCCCUUGGCAUCCUGACAGCAUCGCCAGGUCUGCCUGGUGGCUCACGCUCCCAGGCUCAGCUCAGAGUCAGUGAAUUCAUAAAUCAGUGUCCAAGGAAAAGUAUGUCUUAGUCAUGCUGUGGAGCUGUGACAUGAUGCAGGUUGACCCCAUGCUGCCCAUCCCUGGGACCAGCUGAUGCACGGGGCCAACCUGCUCUUCUGCUGGUCUCCCAGCCUGAGGAUCAGUAGUGUACAGAGGAAAGAAGUUGUCUAGUGAUUAAAGCUAAGUCAGUCACCUGUGGGGUUGGGUACCCUGCCAGCUCGCCAGUGCACCUCAAUUAACAUUGCUUUAGAUGUGUAACCAAUUUGUGUUUGUACACAUGGUACGUGCUGUGUCCUGGCUCCUAGUGGUCAUGGCUGCCAGGUCUUGGGUGCAUGUUUUGCAGUCUCCACACCACAAGCUGAGGUCAUGCCCUGUCCUGCAUCUAAUCAUUAGGGGGCUUACAUCAAAAAAAUCGCAGCUGUUAAAUUGACAUGAGGAAAAGCUGAAUUUACAGGCUUGAUCUUGAAAAGCUGAGGGCCAAACACUGAAAGCUGCAAUCAUAGUUCACAAUCAUAGUUCAAAAUUAAUCUCAGCCAGUCACAGAUGUGUUAUCUUGCCUUGUCCCGUAACUGCAAGUACUAGUAUAGCUGAAAUUUUUUAUUCCACUUUCACCUAUUUUUAUAAACUGGGGAAUAAAGGAAACCACUCCUUACAUACAUAUACAUGCUUUGAGAGGGACGUCUGUGUUGAAAACAGAUGUUAACCUCUGAUCUUUGCAGUAAUGACCUUUACUAGAAAUGUGCUUUUGCCUGUGUAUCCAUGCCACGUAACCUCUCCCCUUAAAUGCAGACUGAGAGUUGCACAGGCAGGUUAUGGGCAAAGGAGUCAAUUUUUGAGCGAGGCCUUAAAACUAUGGAAGACCUCAAUUUUUCCAACUUUACUGGAGCAGCUCAGCUCUGAGGUAGAACAAAUCAGUGCCA